UAUCUUUUAACCGUCUGACCUACCGCCGAGUAUAUAUAUCAUCUGUUGUCAACCUGCCUCAAACCGUAAAUCUACUUUCCUAAUUGUCUUUGUUGAUUAUACUUACAUAUGCACCCGUUGUUGCUUGGUCCUCGGGCAGAUUGUUACGAGCAUUGAAUAUAGCCGAAUAUCUUUAUUAGUUUCUUUAGUCCCAUAACUUGAUCGACAUCGGCGUGGGACCAAUAUAAAUAGAAGGUCAUCGGCCCACAGAUCUAUGUCGCGCGAUUGAUCUUGGGUCUUGUAUCCUACCAGUGUCUAAGCUGAGGGGCCUUCCUAUAUAAACUAUUGAGUCACCUCGACUUGGCCCAAUCUCAUACUUCACCUCGAGGCCAGCUACAUUAGACACAUUCACCAUGGGGAAAUAUUUCGGCCUUCGAGGCAACUGGCUCAACUAUGCCAUUGGCAUAAUUGCAGGAUGUGAUUUCUUACUUUUUGGAUAUGAUCAGGGUGUGAUGGGCGGUAUUCUUACAAUGCGUCAAUUUCUUGAGGCUUUCCCGGCUAUAAACCCAGACGCCUCAGGUAUAGAUUCGAUAGAAAAAGCAACGCGAUCUUCAACCCAGGGUAUCGCUGUUGCAGCAUACAACCUUGGGUGCUUUGCCGGCGCGGUCACUACUAUUUUUAUCUCCAACCCCCUCGGCCGAAGGCGAAUGAUUAUUCUCGGUACUUCAAUCAUGAUCAUCGGUGCUAUUCUACAGACCAGUGCUACAACGCUCCCCCACUUCAUCAUCGGCCGUGUAAUCACUGGACUCGGAAACGGAGGUAACACAUCAACUGUUCCCACUUGGCAAUCGGAGACUUCUCGCGCCCACAAGCGAGGCAAGCUGGUUAUGAUAGAAGGCGCUCUGAUUACAUGUGGUAUUAUGAUCAGCUACUGGAUUGAUCUCGGCUUCAGUUUUAUCGACAGCAGUGUCGCUUGGAGAUUCCCGCUCGCUUUCCAAAUCGUAUUCUGCUUGUUCAUCUUGGCUUUCAUUUGGAAUUUGCCCGAGUCCCCAAGAUGGCUGAUCCUAAAGAACCGCGAAGACGAAGCUCGAGAAGUCCUUGCUGCAUUAGGAGACACCACGGUCGACUCCCAAGAAGUGAAAAAUGAGUUUAUUGCUAUCAAGGACACUGUCCUCGAAAUGUCUAAGGGCAGCUUUAGCGACCUUUUUACUAUGGACAAGGACAGGAACUUGCAUCGCACCUUGCUUGCUUUCGUAAACCAAAUGUUCCAACAAAUCUCAGGCAUUAAUUUAAUCACUUACUAUGCACCAGUGAUUUACAGCGGACUCGGUAUGAGCGACUUCAUGGCUCGACUACUCGCGGCGAUCAACGGCACAGAAUACUUCCUUGCUUCAUGGCCUGCUGUUUUCCUUGUUGAAAGGGUUGGACGCCGGAAGCUCAUGCUAUUCGGUGCCGCCGGCCAAGCUAUCAGCAUGGCUAUUUUAGCUGGUGUAAAUUCUGUACCUGAUAACAAAGCAGCUCAGGGCGCUGCCAUCGCCUUUCUGUUUGUUUUUAAUACAUUUUUCGCCGUUGGCUGGCUCGGAAUGACUUGGUUAUACCCUGCUGAAAUCACAACUCUCCGGACUCGUGCGCCCGCUAACGCGCUCUCUACUUCCUCUAACUGGAUUUUCAACUUCCUCGUUGUUAUGAUUACACCCAUAGCUUUCAACAGUAUUGGAUACCAGACCUAUAUCAUCUUUGCAGUAAUCAACGCGUUCAUGGUACCGUCGGUCUACUUCUUCUUUCCUGAAACGGCAUACCGCUCACUUGAGGAAAUGGACACUAUCUUCCACAAGGUACACGGUGCUAAGGGCUACUUUACGGUCGUAGACGUGGCUGAAAAGGAGCCCCGCCGAUACGGCAAGAACGGCGAGCUACUCAUCGCCUACGAAGAGACGGAGGAGCACAAGGCCCACGUUGAGCGCCCCGAGCACCGCGAGGGCGGUGGAUCUGGAUCGGCCUCUCUGGCGACGGAUGUUGAGAAGGCCCAGGGCGGCGUUUUCGUCGAGAACCGCAGCUAAACAUAUGUUAUAUACCCAUCACGCACUAGCGUUGUUACGUCCUUUGCUUUUGUAUUGCCCAGAUCUUACAUAGCAAACUCCUAUAGGUGGUUGGAGAGUGUUGGAGCUGAAGGCUAUUUCGAAUUUAUUACGCUGUAGAUAUCCAUCGUGUAAGAGAAUCGUACAAAGCUUUGGCUCCAAAGAUUUGAAAUGAAAUUUAUUUUCUUAGGACAAUAAUUACCACAACUCUUAAUGUCUCCCGAGAUUUGGAUAAUUUUCCUAGGUAUAUAGGUGAAUAAAACACAUAUGAUUAUACCUUCA